UGGUAUCCGGAUUGUGACAGUUUUUUAAAGAAAACUCUGUUGCACUGAAUGUCAACGUGAUUUCUUUAUACUACAUUUACACUCUCGCCUCGUACCUCGUCAUUUGCUUCGUCUCGUAUGACAGCUCGCACCUCGCGCGAUUGAUGGCAAAUGAGUGUCUGUUCACAUUCUCGUGGUGAGUUCAGCUGUGUUCAAGCUAAUCAGAAUGGAGGACGUCGAAUUGUUAGCAGCAACAAGUCUAAGCUUACUGAGUUUCUACUGCUAUGCAAAUAAUUUAAAUAAAAGAAAAAUUAAAAAGAGACGGAAACCAAGAAGAUGGUGGUUGUUAUCAAUUCACCGCAACAGAACUCCCCAAAGUAUGGAAAUAAUGUUUCAAAACAUGCUCAAUGAAGAUUCUGACGAGUUUAAGAAUUUUUGUAGAAUGUCACCAAAUGAUUUUGAUUUUUUGCUAAGCAAGGUGGAACCUUUAAUUACCAAGCAAAAAACUAGACUCAGAGUACCAAUCCCCGCAAAAGUGCGCUUAGCUCUAACUUUACGUUUCUUAGCUACAGGCGACAGCUACAGGAGUCUCCACCAUCUAUUCAAAAUUUCUAGUGCAGCCAUCACAAUCAUUAUACAAGAAGUGUGCACGGCUAUCAACACAGUCUUAAAGGAUCAAAUUAAGAUGCCGCGCACUACUACAGAAUGGUUGAACAUAGAAAGUGGUUUCAGCAGGAAGUACCCACAUUGUGUAGGUUGCAUCGAUGGCAAAUAUGUUGUGAUACAGUGUCCAAUCAACAGUGGCACAGAAAAAUAUAAAGGAACAUAUAGUUUUGUGCUCUUGGCUUUAGUUGACAGCAAUUACUGCUUUAUAUUUGCCGAUAUCGGGGCUCAGGACAGAAUAAGCGACGGAGGAGUAUUUCAAAAUAGUGUACUUUGGGAAAAAAUUUCGACAGGGACUAUUAAUUUACCCCCUGAUAGUCAACUUUCUGACGGACAAUGUAAUAUGCCAUAUGUUUUUCUUGGAGAUGGGGCGUUUGCGUUAAGCAAACACGUGAUGAUACCGUUUCCAGGAAACCAUAUCAUGGGUUCGUUACAACGAACUUUUAACAUGAGACUAUCUAGUGCACGUGUUGUCGUUGAAAAUGUUUUUGGGGUUUUAACAACAGUCUUUAGGAUAUUUAAAAAGCCCAUGGAAAUUAAGAAAGAUAAAGCUAAACUGAUAACUAUGACUUGUAUUCUAUUGCAUAAUUUUCUCAGAAACAGCAGAACGUCUAGAGACAUUUAUACACCUCCUGGGACCUUUGAUACAGUUGUUGAUGGCGAAAUAAUGAACGAAGGGUCUUGGAGACGAAAUGUUUGUACUAAUCAAGCUAUAAGACCUAUACCAAUCGUAGGCAGACGUGCCUCACAGAGCGCCAUACUAAUAAGAAAUGAGUUUGCUAGUUUUUUUCUAAAGCAAAAUUGUUAAAAUAUUGGCACAUGAUGUCAUAAGGUAGAUUAUGACACAUUCAUCAGAUCCUUCAUGGGAUAAAAUAUCAGUCCAGCAGAUAUAAUUUUAAUAUUUGUUAGAUUAUAUCCGCUAGACCUUUUUUUACCCAUUUUAGCUAGUAGUAGAGGGUAAAAAAAUACUUGUUGUAGGUGUUAUCUUGAUAGCCACAAGUGAAUAAAGUAUAACUUAAUGAA